UUUAAUUAGUACAAAAUACUGAUCAAUAUCUAUUUCAGAUUUCUCUUGAUCGUCCAAACGGCCGAAAUGUAAUCGUCCAAAGGUUGUGAUUAACCCGUGAACCUUAACACCAAAAUGUGCCAUAUUUUGAAACUCAAGUUACCAAUGUUAAAGUGCUAAUUAGUGCCUAAAAUGCCCUCCUGUAGUCCUGGUGAUCGUGUAGUGCUGAAUUUAAUUCAUGUAUUUCUUCUUUCUUUCUGUAUUAUAAGUUGUAAGGGAGAGGGGUUCUGUGACCCCCUUCUUUGCGCAUGCGCAGAUGCGGCUGCAAACUGCACACAACGGGGUUUUAUCUCCUACCCAGCUGGUCUACCUCCAAACCUUCUUGCUUUAGAUUUGAGUUUGAACGACUUGAGUUCUGUAAAUGCUUCAGAGUUAGAUUUGUAUCCUAGUCUUGUUUCUCUCAUUCUCAGGAAUAAUAAACUGGAAAGGUUUACAACCGGACCCAAUAAUAUUCUUAAACUUCUCGAUCUCUCCAAUAACAGGAUCUCUUCCUUAAGUCGCAGCGUCGACCUCUCCCUGUUGGAGGCUGUGACCUCACUUGACCUCAGCGGGAACCUUAUCUCCACCAUCCCGCCAGCCAGCUUCCCCAGAAUUAAGGAUUUUUCGCUGAGUUUAACAUUUCAUGGUCUCGAAAAUGUGCGUAUUCUGAAGCUGAGAAAGAACAGUAUUAAAUACCUGAUGGACGGAGCAUUCUUUGGACUGAACUCUAUGGAGCAGCUUUUUAUUGAUCGUAAUCAGGUUAAAACUGUGAGUAAAGGUUGGCUCUACGGAGUAAAUAAGCUGAAACAGUUAUCUCUAGCUUACAAUAAGGUUGACUAUAUUGAGGACGAUGGUUGGGAAUUCUGCCGAGAGCUGUGGGAGCUGGAUUUACGGGGAAAUCUGAUCAAGAUUGUAGAAAAGGAUAUCCUACGUAAGCUGCCUGCUUUAACCCAUCUUGAUCUAGGGGAGAACCUCAUCUCUCAUAUAGAACCUGACAGGACAUUUACCGAGGUUCCCAAGCUGUUGGUUCUAAAACUAGAUUUUAACCAGCUCUCACAUACCAUAGAGGACACCCCCGGGACCUUCAAGGGGUUGAAGGACCUCGAGGUCCUUGUCCUCAGCGGGAACCAGAUCAAGAGUGUCGGAAAGAAUGCUCUGACCGGACUCCGUAGCCUUCUCACACUUGACCUUGCCAGUAAUGUUAUUUCAACUAUUCAGGAGAAUCCGUUUGAGAAUUCUCCUCUUCUCUCAACUCUAAACCUGAAUACUACCAGUCUGCUCUGCGAUUGUAAUAUAAGGUGGUUGUCUGAGUGGGUGAACAGUACUAGUGUACAAGGUGUACAAGGAACAUGUGCACAUCCGGAACAUCUGAAAGGAAUUCUAUUCUUUAAAAAUUCAUACUUUGCAUUCCUGCACGCUGCUUCCACGUCUGCUGAAGAAAUGAGAUUUACUUGGAAACAGGACAGUGCUGUUCUCUCUCUACCCUCCUGUUCAGAGGACCAGGAUACAGGAAGCUGUAUAUCCACAAUAUCGCACAAGUUUGACGGGAAAGGGACUGAGAUGACCUCUGAGCUCAAACUACAGAAUCUGACCCAUAUCAAUAUUGGUGAGUAUCAGUGUAUAGUAGAGAACCGGUUUGGUGCAACCUACUCUACCAAGGCGGAUAUCACGGUCUACGUUUUCCCGCGUUUCCUUACUACACCUUCAGAUAUUACCGUCAGGGGGGGAGAUAAGGCAGUUCUUAGAUGCUCCGCUACAGGAGUUCCGUCUCCCUCUAUAUCCUGGCAGAAAGACAAUGGAGGAGAAUUCCCAGCAGCCAAGGAGAGAAGGAUUAGAGUUGAUACGGAUACUAAUACAUAUAUCAUAAACAAUAUACAGCCUGCUGAUAUGGGACUGUACACAUGUACUGCAACGAACCUGGCCGGAGCUAUCACCACGAAUAUAACUCUGAGUGUUCUUGAUAAACCCAAGUUUGUCAAACCAAUGAUAGACAAGAAGGUUGGUAUAGGGGAUACCGCUGUCCUAGAAUGUAUAUCUAGUGGAAGUCCUAAACCAACCCUUAGUUGGAAGAAGAGUAUAGGACCACUGUAUCCUACAGAGAGACACUUUUUCACGGCAGACAACCAACUUUUAAUCAUUGUCAAGGUUGAGCUAGAAGAUGCUGGAGUAUAUGAAUGUGAGAUGAGAAAUCAGCUUGGUUCAGUUAAACAGUCCAGCUUCCUUACAGUUGACGGAGGUGAAGUGGUGGGCGCUGGGGAUCCAACAACAGGAAUCAUUGUUGUUGCAGUUGUCUGCUGUGUUCUAGGGACUAGUCUUGUCUGGGUCAUCAUCAUUUACCAUACCAGGAGGAGGUCAAAUACACAGGAUUGGGAGUUGGAUAAACGGAACAAUCCAUCAAUUAUCUCGCCUGGCAUGACUACCCUAGGAGAGUCAGGUCUACCCUUGCUAGCUGAGGAGAUUCCGUCUCGUAAACCAUUCCCUAUUCCUAUAGACGACUCAUCCAGUGAACGCGACAGUGGAACCGGCGACAGUAAGCGUAGUUUCGACAACAUAGAGAACGUUGUCGAUACAGUGCUAAACACUUUCCUGACUGCCCGGGGGGAGAGGGAGGGGGAGGAGUGGGGAGUUUCUCCUCCACCACUCUCCGAUGUAGAUACUGGUAUCUCCUCCAGCAGUGGACGACACCGGGACGGAUGCCCUAACGGAUCCUACUCCUCCUGUCAUCUACCUAAACCUGUGCCUACUCCAGUCCCUCCCUCCUCACACCCAUCCCUCACCCGAGAUGCACAAUUACCCCCUGGGUGCACCCGCCAACCUUCUCGUAGCGUGCACGGUUCAGAAUGCUCAGGGCGCUCUACAAGUGUGCGCAGUGAUUCCAACGCGCGAAGCAAACGUGCUAAAAAAGAUAUGCGUGCCCAGCAGCACACACCACCCGUUGAGACGAUUAGUCUCGCGGUCGAAAAUCCUUUAUAUGAUAGUCUUCCAGUAAACACCUGUGAUAUUAUUAAUCGGCAACGGUCUCCGAAUCGGCCGCCCUCACCUUCAGCCAGCCUUAUAUCAGACAGUAUAGCCUAUUGCGGCCGAUUUCCGGCCGCCGAUCGACGAAUGUGUCCCCAGUGUGGUGAACUCUUAGCUGAAUGUCCGCACCGUGAUAUGAUUGAUGAAAUAUCGUCUGUUUCUUCGGCCGGACAGUCGUCAACCGGUCAGUCCUCGGCACCAUCGACGACGAUGUCAGAUCAACCGAUAUCAUUCAACAGCUUUCUUCCUAAACGCGGAACUGGAGAGAGGUCUGGAUUAACGGAUCCCCAUGAUUUGGCAACUUUAUCUAAAGGAAAGAACAGACUCUCCGCCAUUGAACUCCCAACAGGAGAAACUUAUAUUCCGAUAGAUCUGGGGGUUCGGUCCCCAGACAAAGAGACUGGAAUAGAUGCUCGAGAAUAUAGAGGAGGAGGGACUCUUCCUAGACAUGGACUGCAGCAGGAAUGGUUGGAGGCCUCAUUAAACUGUUCUGAGUCUGGGUUAAGAGCAGACUCCAGAUCUACCCUCACCAGGAACAAGGUUUGUGUUUACAAAUUGUUUCUCAUCUGAAACAUUUUUGGCUCC